AUGUCGACAAUCCCGUCGCGCCUGGCUCGCUCGGCCCAUGUAUCGAGGAGCCCUGCGGAGGCCCGCGAUCGCGUGCUGAAGCUCUACCGAGACUGGUACCGCGGAGCACCAGAGAUCGUCUCCCUGUACGCGCUCAACGUCUCGCCAGCGUACUUUCGCGCAUGCAUCCGCAGGAAGUUCGAGGAUAACCGUUACAUCACAGACACGCGCGUCAUCGACGUGCUCGUGCUCAAGGGGCGGCAGGAGUACCAGGAGACGAUGAACUGUUGGAAGCUGAAUGACCACAUUAUGGGUAUUUUGCUGCAGCCCAAGGGACGGCCGCCACGCACGUUCCUCCAGAAAUUCUAUGAAGGCAGGGACGAGGAUGCCGUGCUUCCAGCUGCAUCCGGGGUAUACUAG